GCUGACGCGCGUGCGCGCUGACGUCACCCGAGUCGGCGGGGCCGCUCCGCGCGCGGGGGCCGCUGGGAGCGCGAGGAUGGUGCCCGGCGCCUUCCCGAUUGCCAAGCUGCUCUACCUGGGCGUCAGGCAGAUCUCGAAGCCCCUGGCCGCGCGCAUCAAGGACGGGGCGCGCGCCAGCCCCUUCUUCCGCCAGUACAUCUGCGGGCCCCCCGCGCAAAUUUAUCACUGGGUCGAGAUGCGCGCCAAGAUGCGCAUCAUGGGGUUUCGGGGCGCUGCCAUCAAGCCGCUGAAUGAGGAGGCGGCGGCGGAGCUGGGGGCAGAACUGCUGGGCGAAGCCAUCGUCUUCGGGGUGGGAGGGCUGUGCAUCUUCCUGGAGUACUCCCGCCAGUCCACCAACAGCAGGAAGAAGGAGGAGGAGCUGAGCAGCACCCUCCUGGGUCUUCAGGAACAGAUCGCGGAGCUGAACUUGACUGUGGAGACCCUCGACGCACAGCUGCGGGAGGUGAACCGGGUCCUAGUGGCCGUCUCGGCCUCCCCCAAGAAGUGACCUGGCUGCAGGGGAGAUGCAGUUGCCUGGAACGGCGCUCCGCUGCGAGCUGUGUGCGAGGGUCCCCUUGCUGGGGAUGCGCCGGCAAGGAGAGCCCUGGGGAUCCCGUCCUAUAUAGCAGGAUUGAGGAGUGCAAGGCCCUGUGUUGCACCCCUCCCCUUGGCUGCUGAAUUACUUGGGUGUUUCCCUAGAAUGUAAAUAUUGAAUCCAUUAAAAAAGAAAGAGUGCGA